AGACAUGUCGCAACCCGACCGAGAAGAACCAAUAGAGGAGCACAUGGACGUUCAACCAAAUCAAGAAGAACAACGAAUACCUGUUGAAGUCAACGUCCACGAACUGUUCGAUGAGCCAAAUCCACCAGCACCAAUCGAAUGGCAAGGUCUCUUGCCCUCAAUGGAGAGAAGGAUCAAGAAAAUCGAGGAAACCAUGUCAAGCAAUUUUGGGAAAAUCAACAAGAAAUUGGACUGGUGCCUGGACAAUCAAGAGGACAUAAUAGGCAAUGAACUUGACAAGAUCAGACGUCAAUUGAAAUCGCUAACAAAUGCUGUGUACGAAGAGAUAGACUAUGGCCACGGCAAACCAGUCACCGAAAGAAUAGCAAAGGAAAGGACGCCUUCACCUCAACCAGGACCUAUCGAGCAGAAAUGGUUGGAGGUCGCGAAGGUCCUCAUCCCUGAGAAGACCAGCUAUGAGACCGAUGAAAGGAGCUGGAACACAGCCCAUACCGGGAAAGGUGCAGCAGCGAAUGCUCAGAUCUCGACUGCUCCCGCCACGAACAGCCACAGUCACCCUACUCCCCCUUGGCAAUCCAUCCACUACCCACCGGCCCUACGACGUCCCCUACGAGUGCGAUUACGAUAG